AUGAGGCAGUACAUAGCAAGGAUUAAUAAGCUCUCGCUGCUUGGCAUCGAUCGCCACGCCCUAUUUGGCGCAUACGGGAUGCGGCGCGCGCUGCUUGCGGCCGUCCUCAUAGCGACCACCCACGCAGCCGUCUUUACCGAAGGUGGCGCGUUGGGAGACGUGGUAUACCCUGGAGAGUACGAUUACCCAAAAUCGAAUGCGUUUCUAGAUGAUUCAGACCCAGAAGAGGGCAUUCAGGAAUGGUAUCAGAAACAAGACCUUCAAAACAAAAAGCCUAGAGAUGUCAGAAACUCUGCGGAGUUAAACGGGGAUCUAGCUGAAAUCCUUCAAGAACUGACACAGCAGAAAGAACAGCUAAAACAAGAAGACACAGCGGUUCCUUCCGAAGUCGAGAUCGAACUGCAAAAUACAAAAGAACAGCCAAACGAGACGGGGAAGGUGACCGGAACAGAGAAAGCGGAGCCUCAGCCCGAUGUCGUGGAGAAGCAACCCCUGGUGGCUCAGAAAAAAGGACCAGAACGAGUUCGUGUCAUUUGUCGAACCUGUCGAAUCCAAGCAAACUCAAUCAAUUGCCACCAUGGAGAAGCGUCGUCUCGCUGGCUCCUCUGA